AUGGCUUUCUUUUUCAGGACGGUUGACAAUGGAAUCAAACUUUCUUCCCUAUUGUCCAUCCCUGACAUCAGCAAUGUUCAUGCCAUGAAUAAAAUCACCUCUGAUGAACCCAAUCAUUUGGUUACACACGAGGAUCCACCAGAGGCAUCACAACUGCUAGGACAUUUGUUGUCUCACAUCCUCCAGCCUUUCAAAAUUCCUCUCCCCGAUGGCUUAUCGCCAGAUUCCCUAGUGCCACUGUACAACACUGCAACUUGCACUUGGAACUGGGAUCUUCCAGUUAACCCUCCUGGAGAUGAGUCAGACUUGAAUACUGGGAGUGCUGGUAGUACUCCAGACCCAGAGGCUGCAGGGAGUGCCACUUACAAAGAAAUCGUCGCAUCCUUUAUGAACACUCUUGCUGGCUGCUUAUCAGCAUUACAACCCCUGCUUGAAUGCGAGUGCUAUGCAACUCAUACAUGGAGUGCAGCCAGUGCUCACAAGGCAUUGCCCGGCAGUGACAUAAAGCAUAAACCUGAUCUCGUCCUCUCUGAUGAUAUCACAGCAAGAUGA